AGUGGAGCGAGCGUGAGAGGCGUGGGCAGCUUGCUGUAGGUCGCUGGCUGCAGACAUAAAACAACGUCUUGUCUUGGGCCUGUCAUUUCUGAGAGACUUUCUGUAGAGCACAUUGGUAGGAAAGUAAUUGUGAAGAUGGCAAGUAACUCAUGUCUUGUUAUGAGACUCGUGUCUGCUUCAGUGUCGGUUGCAAAACGAGCAGGGACCAUUGUACGAGACAUUAGAAGCAAAGGUAGCUUAGGUGUCGUUGAAAAGACUGGUAAGAAUGACUUACAAACAGAGGCAGACCGUAAGGCUCAACGCUGCAUCGUAGCAUCUUUAACAAGAAGAUUUGCGGGCAUUAUAGUUAUAGGAGAAGAGGAGUUACCUAAGGAAGAAGAAAUCGACGAGAAUCUCAUCGAAAAUGGUUACUCAGAAGAAGUUGACGAAUCAGAGUGUCCUGAGGCUUUAAAAGAUGUCAACAUUGAAGACGUUGUUAUAUGGGUCGACCCACUGGAUGGAACCAAGGAAUUUACAGAAGGUACAAAAUACUUGGACCAUGUUACUGUGCUUAUCGGUGUUGCCGUUAACGGCAAGCCAGUGGGUGGUGUCAUUCACCAACCGUUUUAUAAGUUUGACACGGACAGUCAAACAUAUGUUGGCAGAACCAUGUGGGGUGUUGUCGGCUUGGGCGCCUUCGGAUUCAAACAUGAGGACCAAACACAAGGAAAAAGAAUUCUAACGACCACAAGAUCGCACGGCACAGAAGCAGUCCAAGAAACUCUACGUGCAAUGGAGCCAGAUGAGGUACUACGAGUCGGCGGUGCAGGCCACAAGGUAUUGCUUGUGCUGGAAGGCCGUGUGAGUGCCUAUAUCUUUGCAAGUAUGGGAUGCAAAAAAUGGGAUACAUGUGCACCGGAGGCCCUGUUGGUAGCUGUUGGAGGAAAACUAACCGAUGUACAUGGAAAUGUCUAUAGGUAUGACAAAGACAUUACACACAUGAACACCGGUGGUGUGGUGGCCGCAUACAGAAAACAUGAAUUCUACAUCGAACGAGUUCCCCAGUCUAUUAAAGAUGUUCUUCCAACUCAGUGAACCCUGGCAGUGGAGUGGGUUCGGUUCCUCGGUGCUCUCUAACCCUCCCCACUCCCUCAAGGGGAAGUGUUUGACACAUUGAUGGGGUGAUUAUUAUUGAAAGCUGAAUUUAGAACCAGUCUGGUAUGAUUAAAUGAUUGAUGAGCGAGAUGAGAUCUUAAAGGAGAUGAGAUUCUAAAGUUUAAUAAUGACGAAGUUAGUUCUUGGAAUGCCACUUUGAAGUUUUGUAAAGUAAUGAUAAUGUAACAAUAAAAAUGUUUAAUAUGUGUAAUGAUAUUUGCUAUUUUAUUAACAUUAUUAUAUUUAUUAUGGUUAUUGUUGUUGUUAUUGUUAUUAUAAAGAUAGACCAAAUCCUUGAGAUUAGAUUAAUAAAUGUUUUAAUGCUGUUAACUUUGUUAGGUGUUUGAUAUUGAAUCAGUUUGUACACAUUUUCAUCAAUUUUAUGUAAUAUCAAUGAUUAUUUCAGAAGUAUAAAUUUUGAUACACAAUUUACACUAAAAGUUUACAUUUAUAAUUUAUUAUGAAAGCUAAAUAUAUAUUAUGUAAAAAUAGAAUUAUCAACAUCAUCGUUUUUAUUAUUAUUUUAUUAUUAUUAUUAUUACUGUUGUUAUAAGAUUGUCAUUGAAGUUGUCAGCUGAGAUAUGUGCUAUGCUUUGACCAAAUACAUAAAUUUCCAACUUCAGAGUUUUAUCUAAUUUUGAAAAUAUGUGGUGUGAGCAACGAUUAUUUUUAUUGGUCCUUAAGCCAGACUUUCAAAGUGUUUAUCCAAUUACCUUCUUGGUUAUAUAGUACUGAGUUGUAAUUUGUUUUAGAUAUAUGUGGUGACAGUCUUUCAAAUACAGGUACUUGCGUGUAUGGACAUUUUUAUAUAGGUUUUAGAAAAACCUGAAAUGAAAAAAGAAAAUUGUUAAAAAAUACAUUUAUAAUAUGUUAUCACAUUCAUCUUCUAAUUUAUAUCAAUAGAAUGUUUUCAGUGCAAUAAAAAUGCUUUUAAAUUAAAAUAAAUUCCAUCACUCUAUCAACUCUGAAAUCAUUAGAUAUUCUGUCUAUGUGGUAGCCACCCUCUGAAUGAAACCAAUAGAUAUUCUUCCUAUUUGGUUUCAACCCUCUGUUCUGUUACAUUAAGCUGUCUAAUGUCAUUAGACAUUCUAUCUAUGUGGUAUCUACCCUCUGAAACCAAUAGGUAGUCUGUCAAUGUAGUAUUCACCCUCUGAAAAACAUAGGCAUUUUAAGAGUAUUAAAUCUACCCUAAAAACAUAGAAAUUAUGUUCAUUGUAGUAUCCAUCUACUGAAAUCUAUAGAAAUUCUGUUUAUGUUGUAUCCACCUUCUAAUACUGUAUAAUUAGAACUAUUCUCUUUAUUGUGUAAACACCCUCUGAAGUUAGUUAAUACAGUAUUCUGAAGAAGUUCUCCAAUGCUUAUUGGAUCAUUUCGUUUUAAGAUUAUUAAAUCUACCCUAAAAACAUAGAAAUUAUGUUCAUUGUGGUAUCCAUCUACUGAAAUCUAUAGAAAUUCUGUUUAUGUUGUAUCCACCUUCUAAUAUAAUUAGAUAAUUAGAUAGAACUAUUCUCUUUAUUGUGUAAACGCCAGUAGCAUACGUAACACAUGUGUUUGUGGGACAUGCCCUGUUUUUUAUUGGUCAGUUGUUUGGUUCAUGCAUUAUUCUUCUUGCACUUGAAUCCUUCAACAUGUAACUAUUAAUUAUUCGUUUCAUGUUUUCUUUGCAAUACAUAUUAUCUUUCCUCCAGUUUUAUU